AUAUUGGAUGCGCCCGCCGAGGGCAGGCGAUGUGGGCUGAGUGCUCACUCCGCGACUUUUCGUCUCGUCUUCGGUCGGAGUGACGACUAGCCUUCUGGGACGGGGGUGACUUGGAGAGGAGUAAAUUUGAGAGAAGCCGUUUUCUUGCUGCUGAGCGGAGGGUUAUGUGCUUUGAGCGUAUUUCUUGCGCCCUGGUUUCCGAGCAGAACUGUGUAAGCCACUCGACCUUUUCUUCCCCUCAUCCCUGCAUCUUCGCCAUGGAUCAAGAUUAUGAAAGGCGCCUUCUCCGUCAAAUCAAUAUCCAGAAUGAAAACAUGAUGCCUUGUGUGGUGGACACGAGGAGGACACUAACACCUUCAAACUCCCCUGUUUCCUCCCCCAGUAAGCACGGUGACAGAUUCAUUCCUUCCCGAGCUGGAGCAAAUUGGAGCAUCAGUUUUCACAGGAUAAAUGAAAAUGAAAAAUCUCCGAGCCAGAACAGAAAAGCAAAAGAUGCCACAUCGGACAAUGGCAAAGAUGGCCUAGCAUAUUCAGCCUUGCUAAAGAAUGAGCUCCUGGGAGCAGGGAUUGAGAAAGUACAGGAUCCCCAGACGGAGGACAGGCGGCUGCAGCCCUCCACCCCUGAGAAGAAAAGUCUCUUCACGUACUCCCUCACCACAAAACGAUCCAGCCCGGAUGAUGGCAACGAGGUCUCCCCGUAUUCUCUCUCCCCGGUUAGCAACAAAAGCCAAAAGCUGCUUCGAUCCCCCCGAAAGCCAACAAGGAAGAUCUCCAAGAUCCCAUUCAAAGUUCUGGAUGCCCCAGAGCUGCAGGAUGACUUCUACUUGAAUCUGGUUGACUGGUCCUCUCUCAAUGUCCUCAGUGUUGGCCUUGGAACCUGUGUCUAUCUCUGGAGUGCGUGCACCAGCCAGGUGACUCGGCUCUGUGACCUCUCCGUGGAAGGCGACUCUGUAACCUCCGUGGGAUGGUCAGAGAGGGGCAAUUUGGUGGCCGUCGGGACCCACAAAGGUUUCGUUCAGAUCUGGGAUGCCGCUGCAGGAAAGAAGCUGUCCGUGUUGGAAGGCCACACUGCAAGAGUGGGUGCUCUGGCGUGGAAUGCAGACCAGCUGUCUUCUGGCAGUCGGGACCGGAUGAUCCUGCAGCGAGACAUCCGGACCCCUCCGGUGCAGACCGAACGACGCCUCCAAGGCCACAGGCAGGAAGUGUGUGGACUGAAGUGGUCCACGGACCACCAGCUCCUGGCAUCUGGUGGCAACGACAACAAGCUCCUUGUCUGGAACCACUCCAGCCUCAGCCCAGUGCAGCAGUACACAGAGCACCUGGCAGCUGUCAAAGCCAUUGCUUGGUCCCCGCACCAGCACGGGCUGCUGGCCUCUGGCGGCGGGACGGCGGACCGCUGCAUACGCUUCUGGAACACACUGACCGGGCAGCCCUUGCAGUGCAUCGACACGGGGUCGCAGGUGUGCAACCUCGCCUGGUCGAAACACGCCAACGAGCUGGUGAGCACCCAUGGAUACUCUCAGAAUCAGAUCCUUGUCUGGAAAUACCCGUCCCUGACACAAGUGGCAAAGCUAACUGGUCAUUCGUACCGAGUUCUCUACCUGGCGAUGUCCCCUGAUGGGGAAGCCAUUGUAACAGGAGCGGGCGACGAGACUUUGAGGUUCUGGAAUGUCUUCAGCAAAACACGCUCCACGAAGGAGUCCGUUUCCGUCCUUAACCUCUUCACCCGGAUACGUUAAAACCCAGGACAAGAUUUUUUUUUUUUUUUUGGAGUCGAGAAGCACUAAUCGACACGCAUGGAAACUGAGGCCAUGAUCCAGGGAGUUGGGGGUGGGUAGAUGGGGGUGUGACAGGUCAGUUUGCCUGUUCAGAGGAGCCUCGGAGAUCCCUAUUAAAUAGUUGCCUAUGAAUACAGUUGGAUGUUACUUAGGGGACGAGCGGGAUGGGACGUUGCCAAAGUUCUGGGCCCAUCCUUCAAGUCAGGGAACAAAUGGGGAAAGGUUGCAAAGAGAGGUGUAGGUGUGUGUGUGUGUGUGUGUGUCAGUCAGUCGUCUGUGUGAGAAUGAGUACACUGGAGCAUUCGAAAUGCCAGUAGUGGGAAUUUUUUCAAUCGGAGAGGAGUUGGAGAGAAGAAAAAAGACAACUGUACCGGGUCUGAGCAAAACAUUGAAAUUCCACCAGCACUUUCUUGGGUGUUUUCAAGCAGGAUCCUCCAGGAUGACCGCCCAGACCCUGGGGUGACUGGGCCAGCAAGGGGCCAAAAAGCCGUUUAUUUAAGCAGCUCUCUCCAACCUUGGUGCUCUUUGUGUAGGUUGGUUAACAGAAUUUUCUUCUCAGCUAGUUCAGAGUGACUGACAGGAAAAGGAAAAGAAAAAGAAAAACAAGUAUGAUUUUAUAUAUUCAUCUGAGAAUCAUGGCUGAAAACUGGAAGGAGCAGAGUUCUUGGUAUUCCAGAAACUCUAAAGGUGGCUUUUUAGGGGUCCACAUGGAGGGUUUUCAUUAAGAGAAGAAGAAUUCCCUACACUUUGCACAAGCCACGACUGGGUCAUUCCAUGGGAAGGGACAUGCUGCCUCCAGUACUUGGGGUGACCUGGCGGCCUCUGGCUUGAUCAUACUAAGAAGUAUAGGGUAGAAUGGGUAAAUAGGGAUACUCAGACCUGUAAGUACAUGGUAAAAGAUUCAUUGAAACAUCAAGGUAAACAACAGAGUAUACUGCCCAUUGGUUUUUUGGCACCCUCUCCAGCUGCUGCUCCCCGGCUAGGGGAACAGUGGUGAUACGAUUGUGACACAAGGAGAACAUGUGGUUGAGUCCUUGGACCGACGGUAUUGCAGCUUUCCUUCCAAAGUGGAGCCGUCCCACCAAAUAUUGUGGGGAACCCGAACACGUCUGCUUGGACGAAAGUGUUUCUGAAGUGUUCUUUGUAGCUUGUGCCCAGGAAGGGCUUCCAUGUAAGGAACCUCCUGGAGGGUCCUGAGUUGCCCAUGUUAGACUUGGAGAGAGAGGGUUUGCUCGGACAGGGGUUCUCUUGUCUGGACGCUGUUGUACCUUCACCCGGUUCCCCCACUUGAGAGAGAGAGUGACUUUGGAUGCUGCUUCCUAGUUCCACCCAGCCUUUGGGUUAAGCAACCCAUGAGGAAUAAUACUGCCACUCAUAUAUCCACCACUUCACUUUCAUUCAACAGCCCAUGGUCAGGUCCUUCAUAGGCUGUUGACUGAUGUGUGAAGAUGGGUUGUUUAGAGGCUAAACAGCCUCUCAAUUAACCCAUGGUUUCUUGUUGGGCUAACAGAUGGUCUGUUUUGGAUGAGGAAGAGCAUAACGGGGUGGUUGGAUGCCUCCAGAUAAGUAUUCUGUGUGUGUGAAUAAGUUUUGUGUACCCCAUUCUCAUGUGGUUGGUUGAGUGUAGUGUGUUGAGUUAGCUUUGUGGCAAAAGAAAAGAAAAAGAAACCAGAAAUGGAUUGAUAGCUGGUGAGACGGUGCAAGUUUGUAAUUUAGUGCGUGUCACUUUCCAGCCAGAUGUUUAUGAAAAUUAUAUUUGUGUUGGGGUGCUCUUGUGUGUGUGUGUGGAGCGAAGAGGUUUGUGUGUGUGUAGUGCACCCUUUCUAUGCUUUUGUCUAAGACACAAGGUGAGAGGAAGGGGUAUAUUGCAAAAAUACUUAUACCUUGAUAAUGUAAAGUUAAUGUAUCUAGUAAUAAAAGAACUUGUGAAUUUCAAA